CCGUUACUUAUUUCACCAGGUCUUGAAGCACAGCUCCUUGGUAUUGUUGUCCGUAAAGAACGUCCUGAGCUCGAAGAACAAAAAGACUCUCUGGUCAUAAACAUCGCUGCAGGCAAGAAGAAACUAGAAGAGCUAGAAGACGAGAUUCUAAGACUACUCCAGACAGCGCAAGGUUCGUUACUAGAUGACGAACAGCUCGUCAAUACCCUCAACUCGUCCAAGAUCACAUCUCAAGAGGUCGGAGAACAACUGACAGUCAGUGAACAAACUGAGGUCAAGAUUGAUGCAGCCAGAGAGGGCUAUCGUCCUUGUGCACAGCGGUCAUCCAUCCUGUUCUUCGUGCUCAAUGACAUGGGUCGUAUUGAUCCCAUGUACCAGUUCUCUCUGGACGCCUACAUCGAUCUGUUCAACAACUCUAUCGAGAAGAGUCAACGAAGUCCUAACCUAGAGAUUCGUAUCCAGAACCUAAACGAAUACCAUACUUAUUCUGUCUACAAGUAUACCUGUCGUGGUUUGUUCGAGAGGCACAAGUUGCUGUUCUCAUUCCAGAUGUGCUCCAAGAUACUAGAAGCUGCAGGAAAACUCAACAUGGAUGAGUACGGCUUCUUCCUACGUGGAGGAGUAGUUCUUGACCGUGAGGGGCAGAUGGAUAACCCUUGUACUCAGUGGCUGUCUGAAACAUCUUGGGAUAACAUCACGGAACUCGAUAAGCUUCCAAACUUCCAUGGUAUUGUGACGUCAUUUGAACAGUACCCACGUGAUUGGCACCAAUGGUACACUAGCGCAGAACCAGAAAACACCCCCUUACCUGGUGAAUGGGAGAACGCAUGUAACGAGUUACAGAGAAUGCUAGUGGUUCGAUCCCUCAGGGCUGACAGAGUGUCAUUCACUGCUACCUCCUUCAUUGUCAAUAAUCUUGGAUCAAAGUUUGUAGAACCUCCUGUGCUAGAUAUGUCUUCAGUGGUUGAAGAUUCGUCCACUAAGACGCCGUUGAUAUUCGUCUUGUCUCCAGGCGUGGACCCUACCAGUGCACUUUUGCAGCUCGCGGAGAACUGUGGUAUGUCGAGCCGUUUUCAUGCGCUAUCCCUUGGACAGGGCCAAGCUCCUAUCGCCACCAGGAUGAUCAAAGAGGGAGUCAAAGACGGUAAUUGGGUCUUCCUGGCCAACUGUCACUUGUCCCUCAGUUGGAUGCCUCAACUUGAUAAGCUGGUAGAACAGCUCCAGGUAGAAGAUCCUCAUCCAGACUUCAGACUGUGGCUGAGCAGUAGUCCUAACCCAGACUUCCCCAUCUCUAUUUUACAAGUGGGCAUCAAGAUGACUACAGAACCGCCUAAGGGUCUGAAGGCGAACAUGAAACGUCUAUACCAGUUGAUCACUGAGCAACAGUUCGCACGCUGUCACAAACAAGACAAAUACAAGAAAAUGCUGUUCGCCUUGUGCUUCUUCCAUAGCGUCCUGCUCGAGAGAAGAAAGUUCCUUAUGCUGGGCUGGAACAUUGUUUAUGGCUUCAAUGAUUCUGACUUUGAGGUAUCAGAGAAUCUUCUUAGCAUUUACCUGGAUGAAUACGAAGAAACACCCUGGGAUGCCCUCAAGUACCUGAUUGCUGGGGUGAAUUAUGGUGGUCACGUGACAGAUGACUGGGAUCGUCGUCUCCUUCACUCAUACAUCAAUGAAUCAUUCUGCGACACAGCUCUUCAAACACCCUACUACAGACUGUCUUCCUUAUCUACGUACUACAUACCAAAGGAUGGCCCUCUUUCAUCAUACAGGGAAUACAUCAGCAUGUUGCCAAACGUGGACCACCCUGAAACAUUUGGACAGCACCCUAAUGCAGACAUCGCCAGUCAGAUCAUCGAAACAAGAACUCUCUCAGAUACGCUGCUGUCAUUACAGCCACAGGUUGUAGCAGGAGCCCAGGGAGAGAGCAAAGAAGAGAAGGUUYUUGAAUUGGCAGCUGAUGUGCUGAAAAAGGUUCCUGAAGAGAUCGAUUACGAACAAACAGCAAAGAUCCUGGCUGAUGAUCCCUCACCCCUUAAUGUUGUACUGCUACAGGAGAUUGAACGCUUCAACAUGUUGCUCCGAGUCAUCAAAAGAUCACUGAUUGACCUGGAGAGAGGCAUCAAGGGUCUAGUAGUUAUGUCGUCUGAUCUAGAAGAAACCUUCAACUGUAUCUAUGAUGCAAGGGUGCCACCUCUAUGGGGGAAGGCAUAUCCAUCUAACAAGCCCUUGGCUGCCUGGACUCGUGACCUGGUACAAAGAGUUGAACAGUUUGACAAGUGGGCUACUACAGCACAUCAGCCAAUCAUAUUCUGGCUUUCAGCUUUUACGUUUCCAACGGGCUUCCUUACCGCAGUAUUACAAACAUGUGCCAGGCAGAACAACAUAUCUGUGGAUACUCUGUCUUGGGAGUUUGUGGUAGCUACUGUUGACGACAGUAACAUUACUCAACAGCCGAAGGAUGGUGUGUGGGUAAAGGGGUUGUAUUUAGAGGGAGCAGGCUGGGACAAGAAAAAUGCAUGUCUGACAGAAGCAAGUCCUAUGAUGCUUGUUACUCCAAUGCCUACCAUUCACUUCAAGCCUGUUGAAAACAAGAAAAAGACUGGAAAAGGGAUGUACACAUGUCCAUGCUAUUACUACCCUAACCGUUCUGGUACAUCAGACCGUGCAUCAUUUGUGGUUGCUAUCGACAUCAAGGCCGGUGCUAUGACAGCUGAUCACUGGAUCAAAAGAGGAACUGCAUUGCUCAUGAGUCUGGAUUAUUAAAUUUCAGCAGUACCCUGUAAUACUAGACAUUUUACCUACAUUUAAAUGUUUUUGAAAACAAGUCAACAUUAUGCUAACUUGAUCUUGAGCAUCAGAUAUUUAGAAAUUUUAGCCAAAAAAAAAAAAAAGCUGCAAUGUUUUUGCCUUCAUCAAUGAAAAAACUUGGUCAUUUCCAUUGGGAAUUCAAAGUAUUCAUUAUUGUAAAUUAGGUUUGACCACAACUGUAAAUUGGUAUUUAAUCCAUUAAUGGAAAAGUAUUGAGAGUGUGAUAGUUUUUAUACUCUGAUAGAAUAAUAGAUGAAACAAGUUUUGAAGUCAGUGAAUAUUAAUUUAUAUGAAUAAAGAGUGAGACUAUUUUG